UGGCAAUCACGCGGCCUUCCUCAGUCCUCAACAUCUCUCUCUCUCUCUCUCUCUCUCUACUUGUCUCGAAGAAAAUGGGUUCCUCUCGUAUGGUGCCUUUUGUAGCUGUUCUUCUGGUAUUGCUAACCAUGACUUCACUAGGGUCAAGUGAUGCAUCUCCUCUUGAUGAUUUUUUGGGAAGCGUGUGUGAAGAUGUGGAAUGUGGAAAGGGAAAUUGCUCAGCUGAUUUAAGCUACCCACUUGGCUUCAAGUGUGAAUGUAAUACUGGCUGGAAGCGAACCCGUGACGAUAAUGACGAUCUCACUUUUCUUCCCUGUGUGAUACCCAACUGUACUCUUAACUACGGCUGCCAGCCAGCCCCUCCUCCAGUCCCAGAAAAGGAGUUUCCUCACAAUUUCUCAGCCUUUGACCCCUGCUACUGGGCAUAUUGCGGAGAAGGGACAUGCACGAAGAACAAGACGCAUACAUACACAUGUGAAUGCAACUCGGGUUUCUUUAAUCUUCUAAACAUCUCAGCCUUCCCAUGCUACAGUCAAUGUACGCUUGGAUCUGAUUGUUCAAAGCUUGGGAUUACAGUUGCAAAAACUUCUGCAGAUGGAACUGGGGGUACUGGUCAAGGUACCUCGUUUCUACCAGGAAAGUUCCAUUGGAUGGCUAUACUGAUGGUGACCUUUGGUAUAGUUACGUUGAAGUAGGUUAAAGCAUGCGUGCAUGCUAAGUAUUGGAUGAAGAUAACAUAACUGCAGCUUACGGCUACUAGCUAGCUAAUUUCGUCAUACCUGAUUUUGAGAUACAUACAUACAUAUAUAUUACAUUUAUAGACAGAUUAUAUAUAUAUAUAUAUAUUCAUCAUUUGGCCCUUCGUUUGUUUACAUUAAUAUUCCCCUGUUUUUCUUUUAUUUUUUUCUUUUUAUUUUUUUACUGUACAGAGUUUGUUUGAAUAGUUCAAAGCACAGUCAUUUUCACUGUUGCGUGUAAAACUUUAUUGUAGAAUAAAAUUUAUUGAGUAUGGGCAUCAUGCAGUUGUACCUUUUGUCUUUAAUUUCAAUAUCGCUACUACUGACGAUAUGUGUAUAUAUAAAUUGUUAUUGAAUUUC